AUGCCCGAGCUUUCCAAGAUGAGGAAGCCCGACGUCAAGGUUGUCAUUCUGGGCGACAUGAACGUUGGGAAGACCUCCCUGCUCCACAGGUACAUGGAGAGGAAAUUUAAAGACACCAUGAGCACCGUCGGAGGGGCGUUUUUCCUCAAACAGUGGGGACCCUACAAUAUCUCAAUUUGGGACACUGCUGGUAAGGUGUUCAUUAUUGACUGUCAUGAGUAGGUGUCGUUUAUAGUAGGUCUUACGUUAUUUUCCUCAUUGUUUGAUAUCCACAGCCUGUUUAGAGUAGGGCCCUACACGUGUAACAAUCAGUGUAGCCUGAGUAACCAGCUCUGUUGUUGAUUUCCACUGUGUUUACCUGUGGAGAGUGCGUGACUCCACCACCUGAGGGUUGCUUGGCUGGGACAGUCCCUUUCAUGUGACUGAGGCCAGAUCAGAUUAGUGAUCUGGCCUACCAGGUUAAAUGGGCUACUGGACAAGAACCACAAUGUCAGACAAGUUAAUGCCUAUUAUGUUGGACUAGGUCAUAUUGUACAGAUUCAUUAAAUCAUGGUUAAUCUGAAAUUGGUCUAUUCCAAUUCCCCAAAACCCCAUCUCAAAUUCUAGUUGGCACUGGAUGAGGUCAUAUCACAUGAUUAUAUAGUAUCUGAUGUUGCACAUUUUCAAGGUUCAAGAUGUUCAGGGACAAUAACAUUACAUUUUAUGUUUCUCAAUAUUUAUUCCAUCCACCAAGGGUUAGGCUAUAUUCUUCCUAGCCCAAUAUUGGACUGAAGGACCUAAAAUUAGUCCUUAGUCCAAGGACCUCACAUGUUCUGUUUAACCUUUUAAAAAUAUUUUUUAAUCUUUUUUUUUCCUGAAAAUUAUUUCUCACCGAUAUGAAAGGUACAUUCCUUAUGCUUCCAAAACCAUACCACAAGCGAUGUGUGUUGAUGUUCAGUCCGAGCGCCACGGCGCUUAACAAAACACCCCCCUACAGAAGACGCCUUCGGCCAAUGACUCUUAUGUGUAAUGUAAUGGAACUGAAAGUCAUGAUCAAGGGCUAUAUCCUUCCAGAUCUGGUGUUAGAUAUUGGGCUGGGGGCAAUGCUUAACAGCCAACACUUUUGAUUUUUGAGGAUUUUUAACAUAUAAAAAAAAACUGGUUCAUAUAAGGAGUGAUGAAAUGCAGACAAUCAAUUAAAUAUAAUGACAAUCAAUGUAUAUGCAAUAUUACAUUUACCAGAGUUUAGAUUAGGUUUUUGUUUAUUAGACCUGAAGUUCAGAAAGACACACAGGCCUAAACCUAAACUCGACAUCCAGAUGUUUUUGAAAUCCUGAUUGGCACACUUGUGGGGCUAAAGCCCUCGCCUCAUCAGAGGUUGUAACCUGGAAAUAAUGACAUGCAUUGUUUUGGUCAUCUGUAUCAAAUGGGCACUUUCUGAUACUCUAUAAUAACAGGUUCGAUGUGAGGUUGGGAUAUAAUAUCAGUGCUUUGAACUUGGGUAAACAUUUAGCAAAAUAAACUUCAAUCACAGCAGCUGAAAUAAAGGUGAAUUGGUUAUAUGACACAAGGAAUAUUAUGACUAUUAGCAACAGCAACAUGAUUUUGGUUGACUUACUGUAAGAAACUGGUAACUGAAUGCUAAAACGAGUGUGUGUUUGCUUUGCACACCAUUGUCAAAAGCAUUAAGGGGCUUAACUCCAGUCCAGUGACUGUUGUUGGUUUAGAAAGAUAGAAAAACCACUGAGUCACCAAAACUCAAUCUCCCGUCCCUGCUCCUUAUCCCGUCCCUGCUCCGUAUCCCCAUGACCUCUCAGCAGGAUGCUGUUGCCUGCUAUGUCCACAUCAUAGGUUAAAAUAGGAAGUAUUAUGAUUGCACAAUCAAGUCCGAAGUUCAUGGGGAAGGGGUUAUGAGCCUUGUAAGUGAAUUAUUUACAGUAUAUAGUAGUUCUCAGACAUUGUUGUAAUUUCCCCUAAAUCCUCCCCAGAACAGAAAAUAUAAUUGUCAAACAGCCACAGUAUUGGUUCCUUAUUCUCUAUGGGAGUUUCAACUGUGAUGUAUUUCACUGCUUACUUUAAUUCUUAUGACUAUUGGGGAGGGUUAGAUUUUUAGUAAACAGUAGCCUACAUAGACAAACAAAUAGACCUAGGCCUACUUUCAAACACAUACUACUUACAUACACUUACUAACACAUUUAGUCUCAUUUCAACCAAUGGAUGUUUCAGUGGUAGAUGGUUCAACCUCCUGUGGAAGUUAUAGAAGUUAUAGUCACAUGACAUGAAGACUGCAUCGCGAGGAGGGGGUUUGGGGUGACAGCACAUGCUUCAACCUCCCACCCAUUUACUGAACCUAAUAUAACCCUGGAGUGUUGAGUCAUUCUACCAAAUACAAAACAUAGGCCUACACCAAAAGGGGGGUGGGGGUGGUUUAGUAUCUCCCUAACCAGCACUUGUCUUCCUGACUGGCCCUCCUCCCUACAGAUGUAUCAUCUCCUGUUUAUGACACUGCUACACACUGGCUGUUUCUGGGCAGAAUAGGACCCUAGCCCCGCUGCCCCGCACUUACUCUCUACCCUGUAGAGCUUUUUCUCAAACAACAAAAUCUUCCCCUUCCUCAAAUUCUGUUGAUCCCAGGAAAAUAGCUGUGUCAGCAUAAACUAGACUUCAGCUCAGCUCUCCUUAUUUGGUGGGUUAUGUAUCAGGCAGGCUACUUCUGGACAGUCAGGCCUAAGGUUUCUAAUUAGAUAUCUUACGACCUGUGAAACAUUUCAUUUGGAACAUGUUCAAAGGUUCCCUGGAUUUCUGCACAUAUUUGGCCGAUGAUGUUCUAAACACUGGGAACAAAGAGCUCUCUCACACACUCCACACUCGUACAAAGGCUCCCUGAUGAGAUCGCUGUACUGAAACUCACACACACACACUGAAAAGCUCUUGCGUUAUUCUACAACAAUGGCUGCUUCUGUUUUUCGGCUACUGACUGUCUCGCUCGCUCUCCCUACCUCUCCCUUCUGUAGGCUAUAGGCUACCUGUGGUUUGGAAGCCCAUUCUUUUAAGCUUGUGCUUUUUUGUCUGUGGUUUGUUUGCCUUUAUAGCUCAGUUGGUAGAGCAUGGCGCUUGCAACGCAAAGAUAGUGGGUUUGAUUCCCGGGAUCACCCAUAUGUAAAAAAGGUAUGCACGCCUGACUAAGUCGCUUUGGUUAAAAGCAUCUGCUAAAUGGGCUCCUGAGCGGCGCAGUGGUCUAAGGCACUGCAUCUCAGUGCUUGAGGCGUCACUACAGACCCCCUGGUUCGAUUCCAGGCUGUAUCACAACCGGCCGUGAUUGGGAGUCCCAUAGGGCGGCGCACAAUUUGCCCAGCGUCGUCCGGGUUUGACUGUGUAGGCCGUCAUUGUAAAUAAGAAUUUGUUCUUAAUGGACUUGCCUACUUAAAUAAAAAAAAUAUGGAAUUUAUUAUUAUUACUUGGUGUUCGUUGGUCUAUAUAAGAACAUAAUCAUGAAUAUAUGUCAACGCUUAUGUGUAUGCAUCUACUUUCCUGUGUGCUUAUAAUGUUUUCUGAUCAUCCUUCCCUUUGUGUGUGUCCCAGGUCGGGAGCAGUUCCACGGGCUGGGCUCCAUGUACUGCCGGGGCGCUGCUGCUGUCAUCCUCACCUACGAUGUGACCAACUGGCAGAGCCUGGCUGAGCUGGAGGAGCGCUUCCUGUCCCUCACCGACACGGCCAAUAAUGACUGCAUCUACGCCAUCGUGGGCAACAAGGCCGACCUCACAGACCCCCAGGCCCAGCUACUAGCCAACCAAGAUGGCCUGACAGAGGACCAGAGAGAGUGGGACAUGGAGAGGACUGGGGAGCCCAGGGUGCCUUCUGCAUGUCCCACCCCUCCAGCCUCCCCAAUCUCCCUGUCAGGGGUGUCAGUCAACAAGCAGGUGAGCCGGGAGGACGCAGAGGCGCUGUACGGGAGGAUCCUGAGAUACAAGGGUCUGGAGGAGACGAACAGCCUGCCUGCUGACAAGAUGUGCUUCGAGACUAGUGCCAAGACAGGCUAUAAUGUGGACACUCUGUUUGAGACACUGUUCGACAUGGUGCUGCCCUCCAUCCUCAAGAAGAGGACUGAGAGAGAGGGAUCGCCCACCGUGGACCUGGAAGAGUGCAAAGGGACAGGGAAACGGGCCAGGGCCGCCUGCUGCUAG